CCCUCAGCAGCAUUUGAACGAGAGGCUUAUCCACACUGUCUAAAACCCCCAAAACCCAGGAGAGAAGCAUGCAAAUUCUCCAAACCCCUCAUGCCUUCUCCUUCCCCAAAUCCAUAAACCCUAACUUCUGCAAACCUAAAUCUCUCUUCCCAAACCUUCAAUGGCGUCUCACUCGGAAUAUUGUCUUCCCGCCUUCCCGUUGCUUCAGCUCCGACGAGUUCCCCGUCGACGAGACUUUUCUCGAGAAAUUUGCGCCCAAGGAUAAAGAGACCGAAGACGAAGCUCGCCGUCGCAACUGGAUCGAGCGCGGCUGGGCUCCGUGGGAAGAGAUUCUGACUCCGGAAGCUGAUUUCGCGCGCAAAUCGCUGAACGAAGGCGAGGAGGUUCCGCUUCAGUCGCCGGAGGCCAUCGAGGCGUUCAAGAUGCUGAAGCCUUCGUACAGGAUGAAGAAGAUUAAGGAGAUGGGUUUGACGGAGGAUGAAUGGUACGCGAAGCAGUUCGAGAUCAAGGGGGAGGUACCGCCGCCUUUGGAGACCAUGUGGGCGGGGCCGGUGGUGGUGAGGCAGAUCCCGCCUCGUGAUUGGCCUCCUAGGGGUUGGGAAGUCGACCGGAAGGAGCUUGAGUUCAUAAGGGAAGCUCAUAAGAUGAUGGCUGAGAGAGUUUGGGCGGAGGAUGUGGAGAAGGAUUUGAUUGUAGGAGAAGAUGCUGUUGAUGGAAUGUUUUUGGAGAGGUACAAGGUUUUCCUGAAGCAGUACAAUGAAUGGGUGGAAGAGAACAAGGAUAUACUGGAGGAAGAAUCAUAUAAGCACGACCAAGACUACCAUCCGGGUCGAAGGAAAAGGGGGAAGGAUUACAAAGAGGGGAUGUAUGAACUCCCCUUUUACUAUCCUGGACAGAUUUGUGAAGGCAAAGUUACCACUUUACAUCUGUAUCAGGGAGCAUUUGUUGACAUUGGAGGUGUUCAUGAGGGGUGGGUCCCUGUAAAAGGUAAUGACUGGUUUUGGAUACGGCACUUCAUAACAGUUGGGAUGCAUGUUAUCGUUGAGAUCACGGCAAAAAGAGAUCCAUACCGGUUUCGAUUUCCUAUAGAGUUGCGCUUCGUCCAUCCUAAUAUAGAUCACCUCAUCUUCAAUAGAUUUGACUUUCCACCAAUAUUCCAUCGGGAUGGAGAUACUAAUCCAGAUGAGUUACGGCGAGAUUGUGGACGACCCCCUGUUCCCAGGAAAGAUCCAGGGUCAAAGCCAGAGGAGGAGGCACUGAUCUCUGAUCACCCUUAUGUGGACAAGCUGUGGCAGAUUCAUGUAGCUGAACAAAUGAUUUUGGAUGAUUAUGAAGCUAAUCCCGAAAAAUACAAAGGCAAAAAAUUAUCAGAAUUAUCUGAUGAUGAAGACUAUGAUGAGGAAAAGGAUGUUGAAUACGGGGAAGCUUAUUAUAAGAAAACUAAGUUACCAAAAGUGACACUGAAAACCAGUGUCAAGGACCUCGACCUGGAAGCUGCUUUGGCUGAGCGUCAGUACCACAAUAAACUACGGAUGGAAGCUAAAGAAAGGGGAGAGAGUUACAAAAUCCACAAGCUAAGACGAAACAUUGAAAUGGACGAGUAUGAUUUCUUACACUGGCGCCGAUCCUUUGAGGAAAGAGAAGCCUUACUCAGAGACAUCAGCUGUCGUAAAGCACUUGGCUUACCAUUGGAAGAACCGGGGAGGUACAAGCCGGCCAGCUUCUUCGGGAAAGAGCAGUACGACCCAACGAAUCCACUAUUCCGGUACGACUACUGGGGAGAACCCAAGAACUCAGAGAUAAGCAAGCAAGAAAGAAUGACUGAUGCCCACAACAAAUCAAUAGUCGGGAAAGGCAAUGUCUGGUACGAAAUGUCUUACGAAGAGGCAGUGAAGCAGACAUUGGAACGAAAAGCACAGUCUAAAGAAACAACUUUGAAUCAUGAAGAGGAUGAUGAUGAUGAUGAUGAUGAUGAUUUCGAUGAUUUUGACUAUAGCAUUCUGGGUGAUGACAGUAGUAUCGGUUACUCAGAGCACCAGCCUCUUGUUAAUGGGACUCAGUCCUCAAGAAUAUCAGAUGAGGGAAUGUUCGAAGACUGAUCCCGAGUUUACAAGUGUGUAGAGGAUUUGGUGUAUACUUGUCAUGGCCAACAAGUCUCGGCAAUAAAAGAAAUGAUUUCUUGAUCAGUUGCCUAAGACAUGAUCUGUAAUGUUACAGAUAGUAUGUGCCGUGUCCAUUCUAUGACUGUGCACUUGAUCAGUUCCUUGUCGCUACAA